GAAUUUGUUUAAUCAUCAUGAAGAUCAUCUAAUUUAAUUCAAUUUAUGUUUGAAUUUGUUCAGGUAACUUUAUCGAGGCUAAAACAACACGUUGACAUGUGAGAAAACCAGAUAAAGGUAAAAUCUUUGAAGGGAAAAUUAUAACUAAAUUUAAUUUUCAUUCGAAGCAGUGAACAUUUCUAACAGUUAAAAUUUAAGUGUAAACCACAAGAAGAACAAUGAGUUUAAAUCCAUUUAUGGUCAUUAAUUUUUUUGGUUAAUCACCAUUUUCCUGGGGCUUAUGUCAUCUUUAUCGUACCAGGGUCCUGUUUCUGCUGGUCCUGCUAAUGUAACUAGGGCUGGCUAUGGCUCUGGAUAUGGUGUCGGGUACGGUUCUGGUGGAGGUGCUGCUGCUUCUGCCGAUUCUGCUGCUGCUGGUGCUGUUUCAAGACUUUCGUCAUCCUCUGAUGCUUCACGGGUCUUUUCAGCUCUAUCUAGCAUCUUAUCAAGUGCGGGAAUUAAUUUAGACAGUCUUUCCAACGCUAGUAGGUCGGUUGCAGAAUCUAAUCCUGGUUUGAGCGAGGAUGAUGUCUUGGUUCAAACCUUAUUGGAAGUAGUCAGUGCGUUGGUUCACGCAUUAAGUAACUCAAACAUCGGAUAUGUAGAUGUAGCAGGCCAAUCUGCGAGUUAAGGUGCUAGGCUAGGAAAAUAAUGUACUGGUGUUUUCCUAUUUAUUACCGUGUUACUAAUCAAAUGUAUCAAUAAACUAACCAAAUUAAAUUAAUUACCUUGAA